GGGGCGGAAGGGGCCGCGCGGGGCUCGGUUCGCCGCCGGAAGCGGCGCGAGGAUCUAUGGCGGCGCUGGUGCGAGCCGUGUCUCUCUGUUCCAGAGCUGCCAGGCUGGAGUAACUCAAUGGAUAGCAGCGUGCAGUGGACUAUUACAGACAACCGCAGUCCAAGGCCAGUGUAGACGAAUGCUCCAUGAUAUUUUCCAGAGGCGCAAGGUUGGCCAGUUCCGACAGUCAAAAUUCUGUGGUGGAUUGAUUCAAGCCAAUGGAGCCGUUCCACAGCAAAACAGAUCGUUUUACAAUACAAAUAAGCAUCUUUCUGCAAAAGAUUCUUUGCAGCCAUCUGAAGAGAAAGUGGGUGCUUUCACAAGGAUAAUAGAAGCAAUGGGUUUCACAGGACCACUGAAGUAUAGCAGAUGGAAAAUUAAGGUAGCAGCUUUGCGCAUGUACACAUGCUGCGUGGAGAAAACUGACUACGAGGAAUUUUUUAACAGGUGCCAAAUGCCUGAUACUUUGAAUUCGUGGUUUCUAGUAGCCCAGCUUCAUGUCUGGAUGUGUCUGGUACGAAUGAAGCAGGAGGGUCGCACAGGAAAAUACAUGUGUCGCUAUAUAGUUCACUGCAUGUGGGAGGAUGUUGAACAGCGUGGUAAGGUGAUGGGGAUUAAUUCCGUUGUUCUAAAGGAAGAUAUGAGAAGUAUGGUAGAAAAUUUCUAUGCAGCUCUCUUUGGAUAUGAUGAGGGAAUCUUGUCUGAUGAUCAUGUUCUGGCAGCAGCUCUUUGGAGAAACCUUUUUAACAGGAACUGUGAGGACCCUCGGCAUCUGGAGCUACUCGUAGAAUACGUGCGCAAACAGGUGCAGCACCUGGACGCGCUGAGUGGGGAGGACCUGCUGCUGACAGGCGAGGUGAGCUGGCGGCCGCUCGUGGAGAGCAACGCCCGCAGCAUCCUCAAACCCCUUUCCCCUGUUUACAAUGACGAAGGACUCUGAGGAUGCUGGCGCCUGAUGUUUCUAUCAGUUUGUCAGAUCAGCUUGGGAAGCAUGCCUGAAAUGGAACUGGGCUGAGGCUGUGGGGUCAGGAAGGAAAAUCUGCUGUUGAAAAGAAAAUACUUAAUUAGAUAUCCUAUCCAUGGUGACUCAGUAGCAAAUUGGACAGCCGUACUCUUCUAAAUAUUCACCUGCAAAUAAAUGCUAGUUGGUUUGAGAACCUCUGUCCUUUUUAUGGCACUGAGUGAUCUUUGCUGACAAAUUGAAAGACCUGCCUUCUGUCUUUAGGAAACCAGAUAUUUUGCCAUGACUUAACGUUAUCUCAAGAAGACAUUUCUGUCCUUUGCCUCUUUUGGAGAGCUGCUACAUAGAAACCCAACGGUCUUCCUCUGCUCACUGAAUGGUUGUGAAUGCAAAUCUGAGCUUUGCAUAUUAGAUGUCAAUGUAUUUUAAAAGUCUGAUAUCAAGAUGGAACGGUCCGGUUUCGCUUUAGUGGAGUUACGAAUUGCUUUAACAGAUUCUGAAGGGUUUUCUGUGAAAAUCCUUUUUUAGGAUCUCUCUGCUCUGUUGCACAAGGAUAGGAGGAUGCAUAAUGCACAGUCCCCAGUAACCCUCUGUGACUCUCGCCAUCUUAAUGAGAAUAAAGUCCAAAACGUGGCUGGGCUGUCACUAAAAGCUGCCUCAGAGUUCUUGAUAUUUCAGUCUGCCUUGCUGAUAUUUCCAUAUUCUUUUUAGAGUUGUGGUCUAAGAAUUUCUUUAUGAAAAGAACAUCCCCAUUUCUGUCCAUGGCUCUUAGCGAGACAGGACUGUGCUAUCCACCAUCCCCUAAAGCAGUGGUCCAGAGCUUUUUAACGAGACCUGUCAACCCCAGUGAAAACUUUAUAUGGCUGCGCAGGCAAAUUACGCCAACAUAGUAAUUACGGGAGCAAGAGCUCCGCUGAUUAAAUCAGCAGAGGCUGAGGUGAACUGCGUAGGUGGAUGUUUCACCAGGCUAAACAGUUUUCAUUUCUUUCCUGUCUAAAAUCCUAGUCAAUAAUAAAUGUCAGUCUGGGUAAAA